UUUAUUUUUUCAGUUACACUUAGAAAUCAUUUUUGACAAUUGUUUUCUGACAUUUCUUGAUUCAGAUUCUCCCCCUCCCUCCGUCCCUUCUCUUUCUCCUCAGUGCUUUCAGGUAAAUCCGUAUUUCCAUAUUCCCCAUGUGGUGACUGAAGCUACAGAACGAAUAUACAAUAAAAAAGUCAUAAAGUGAAAGUUGGCGUGCCCUGCUCUGCAAUCAGAUUCCAACAGUUCCUUCUUUGGCAGUGGAUAUAUGUUACAUAUUUUUAUAUGUAAUUUAUCUUUCCCCAAAGACCACGAAUACGGUCUUUGAAAGAAAGGAGAGUUACAUUCUUUGUACUUCUAUCCCCAGCACCUUGCACACACACAGCCCCGAACACAGAGGCGCCUAAUAUAAAUACCUGUUGAUUAAUUAUUCCUGAAUACAGCACAUGGUUAAUAACGAAAUAGUGGAGGAAAAAGUUUUAGUUGCUUACUAAAGAAUAAACGGGAUUUCUUUCUUCCCUGUCCAGGUCUGCACUGAGAUGAGAGUAAGUCUAACUUGACUCGAUCAGUCUUCUGAGAACAUCCUAAUAGAAUGCCAGGCUUCUCGGUCUUGUAUGAAUGAAAGGUCACAAAAGCAGGGGGAAGCCCACCACAGCCUUGCCUGGGUCAGUAAAUGUGAGAUGUGAAGCUGCCGGUAGAGUUAGGUAGAUUAGGUAGCUUUCUCCUCACCAGAUUUAUUGCUGGUCUGCAGUCUCCAGCCACCCUCCCAUCCGCUGACCAUUCCGGUCUUGUCUGUCCAACUCAGGGCCCAGCUCGCCCACGAACGGGCUCGAAAUCCAAAGCCGAGCUCAGAAACUCCCUUUUCCCAGCUGCAAGACUGGUAUUCCCAGGGCAGCAGCCGCAGAAGCAGCCGAGGCGCAGGUAGCGCCCGGAGCUGAGGGAGGGAGGAGUUCUGGUGGCAGAGCCAGCCAGCAGGCUGGGACUGCAAGCCGGCCUCUGAAGUAAGCCCCGAAGUUACAUGUGGGAAGUGGUGGUUGUGUGACGCAAGUUUCCAGGGGGCCCUCCACUCCGAGGGAGCUCUCCGAAGCUGACUCCACUCCGAGCAGUUGCAAUGUUAAAAGAAGAAGAAAAUAGCACAACACACCACGCACCCAGAGCUUGCUUCCUUGCUACCGCUGCUGGUUGCAGCACAACGAGAAUAAAGCUUUCCAACCUCCUCCCCUCCUCCACUUUGGGGUGGGGGUGCAAGGAUGUAUGCAUAGUCCUCCAGCACCCACUGCAGUUUCGGAGCCGGACUCCCGGGGGGGGCAAGCUGCAUUUCUUUCAGUUGCUGGGGUGUUUUUUUUUUUUUUGCAAUGCUUGCCAACCUGUCAGCUGAUGGACCUCAUCACCCAUAGUGGCGCAUGAAGCUCAGACAGUUUGCUUCAUUCACACAGUCCCUUCCCAGCCCGCCCGUCGCACCCCCCAGCCCCCUAGGCGGAAAAGAAGUGGUGCCGGCCCCUAGCCAAAGGCUAUCCCCAGGGUUCCGCUCCCCCCUCGCCCCAGUCUCCCGCCAGCCCAGGGGGGCGCUGCAAAUAGUCCUUUGUUUACAUGCAAUUCCUUACUCCGCGGAAGGAGGCCGGGGGAGUGCUGAGUUUUCACCAGCUGUUUCCCGCCUUGAAACAGACAUCUGAUCAGCUGCAAACACACAUACACACACUCACACACACGCACGGGGAGGCAGGCCGGAGAGACCUCCCCCUCUCUCCCUCCCCUCACCCCCCCUGCCGCCAGCAUCUGGGACCGGGAGAGCCAGCACCUCCGACGCUGCCCUUUGAUUCGGAUUUCCAUUUUGCAUUCUCCAGCGGAUCGGGACCACGGACUUGGCUUUUGCAGAGGAGGGGGGCCGAUCGCUAUGGAGUAUUUCAUGGUGCCCGCUCAGAAGGUGCCCUCUUUGCAACAUUUCAGGAAAACAGAGAAAGAAGUGAUAGGAGGGCUCUGUAGCCUGGCCAACAUUCCACUGACCCCAGAGACCCAGAGGGACCAGGAGCGGCGGAUACGUAGGGAGAUUGCCAACAGCAAUGAGAGAAGGCGGAUGCAGAGCAUCAAUGCAGGGUUCCAGUCCUUGAAGACCCUCAUCCCACACACAGACGGAGAGAAACUCAGCAAGGCAGCCAUUCUCCAACAGACAGCAGAAUACAUCUUUUCCUUGGAGCAGGAAAAAACAAGGCUUUUACAACAGAAUACACAACUCAAACGCUUUAUCCAGGAACUGAGUGGCUCAUCUCCUAAACGGCGGAGGGCAGAGGAUAAGGAUGAGGGCAUUGGCUCACCGGACAUCUGGGAGGAUGAGAAGGCUGAAGACCUGAGGCGAGAGAUGAUUGAGUUGAGGCAGCAGCUGGACAAGGAGCGUUCUGUCCGGAUGAUGCUGGAGGAGCAGGUGCGUUCCCUGGAGGCCCACAUGUACCCUGAGAAGCUGAAGGUGAUUGCCCAGCAAGUCCAGCUCCAGCAGCAACAGGAGCAGGUGAGAUUGCUGCACCAGGAGAAGCUGGAGCGUGAGCAGCAGCAACAGCAGCUCCGAACACAGCUCCUGCCCCCCCACGGGCCUCCGCCAGCUCCCACCCACCACCCCACAGUGAUUGUGCCUGCUCCUCAGCCCCCACCCUCCCACCAUGUCAACGUAGUCACCAUGGGUCCUUCAUCAGUCAUCAACUCAGUCUCCACGUCCCGGCAAAACCUGGACACCAUCGUGCAGGCAAUUCAGCACAUCGAGGGCACACAGGAGCAGGAGGAACAGGAGCAGGAAGAGCAGCGGCGAGUGGUAAUAGUGAAGCCACCAGUCCGGGCCUGCCCCGGAGCCCCUGCCUCUUCUGACACAGCUUCGGACUCAGAGGCCUCAGACAGCGACGCUAUGGACCAGAGCAAGGAGGACCCCUUGGGGGAUGGGGAGCUCCCCUGACCCCCCUCACCGCCCUCCUCUCUCCCCCCACCCUCAGGGGGGCCGAGGGGGCAGGGGCAGCUGUGGGGAGAAGCGCUCAGGUUCUCAGAGCGGAGAGAUUUUUACAAAAUUACAAUGUCAUUUGGGUCUCUUUUAUGACCUCUUUUCAAUACUGUAAUUCUUAACAAAGCCAACACACCCAACUUCGGAGGAGGCCGGGAAGGGUGGAGGGUGGAGCUGGGACACAGAGGUGGUACUACGGGGGUCAGGUCACGGCUAGAAGAGGCUCCCCUCUUCACUGACCACCAUUUUGCAUUUAACUAAAAAAAAAAGGAAAACAAAACCUGAGAUAUUUCUUCCCUCUUCUUAGAAGCUAGCCCUGGAGCAGUGACCAGCCCCAGCAGUCCACCUAGUUCUCCUCCUUUCCCUUUCCUCCUUCCUCUCCCCCUCUCCCCUUCUUGUUUUUUCCUCUUUCCCCUUUAAGCACUUAAAUGGAUUUGGGGGCUGUGGGUCUGGCUGGGCUGGGGCUGUUUGGGGGCCUGGGUGGGGGUGGGUCGUGUAUGUUGCUUCUUGGUUUGGGGUUUUCUCAUGCCCCCUCCUCCUUCUCCACCUGGCUCAGCACUAGAAUUAGCUGAUAUUCUUUACCCCCCUCAACCUCUCCCCCUAGGUUUACCCCCUCCUCCAGCCACAGCUGUCUCUGUCCUUUCUCUUUUUCUUCCUUUCUCUCUCUCUCCCUCUUCCUUUUUUCCUUCCUUCCUUUCUUGGUUUUGUCUGUUGUUGUUUUUUACAAUUUUGAGGUCUUUGUGUUCUGGGAGAAGCUAUUAUAUUUUGUUAAGAAAGUGGGAAAAAAAAAACAAGGCCACCAUGCCUUUGUAAAGAAACAAAAUAAAGUUUGUACUUUGUUUUUUAGAA